AUGUCUGUUCACCACGGAGAAUCUACCAUUCGACCAGAACCGGACAAGGUCCUGAAGGACAUUGCAGACUAUGUUCACAACUACCAGGUCACUUCAGACCUUGCGUUCGAAACUGCACGACUCUGUCUCAUAGACACUAUCGGAUGCGGACUAGAGGGUUUGAAUUUCCCGGAGUGUACCAAGCUCCUUGGACCCGUUGUAGAAGGCACCGUCGUGCCUAAUGGCACCAAGGUUCCCGGAACGAAUUACCAGCUGGAUCCUAUUCGUGGCGCAUUCAAUAUUGGCACCAUCAUCCGCUGGUUGGACUUCAAUGACUGCUUCCUCGCUGCUGAAUGGGGUCAUCCGUCAGACAACUUGGGUGCUAUUCUUGCGGUUGCGGACCACCUCGCUCGCCAGGGACAACCCCUGACCGUUCGCGACAUUCUCGAGGGCAUGAUCAAAGCACACGAGAUUCAAGGUGGCCUUGCCCUGCUUAACUCUUUCAACCGCGUUGGUCUCGACCACGUCGUGCUCGUCAAAGUUGCCAGUACCGCUGUUGUCUCCAAACUCCUCGGUCUUUCACACUCUCAAACGAUCGACGCCGUUUCGCAAGCAUGGGUCGAUGGUCAAUCCCUUCGUACUUACCGUCAUGCACCAAACACUGGCCCUCGCAAGUCGUGGGCAGCAGGUGAUGCCUGUUCCCGUGCUGUCAACCUCGCUCUUCUCGUCAAGAAGGGCGAGCUUGGUCUCCCCUCAGUCCUCACCGCCAAGACUUGGGGUUUCUAUGACGUCCUUUUCAAAGGAAAGCCAUUCGAGUUCCAAAUGCCCUUCGGCUCAUACAUCAUGGAAAACGUCCUCUUCAAGAUCUCGUAUCCCGCCGAAUUCCAUGCCCAGACCGCAGUCGAGGCCGCACAUACCAUCCACAAGCAGCUCAAAGCACUCGGCAAAUCCUCAGACGACAUUAAGAGCGUGCGCAUCCGUACACAGGAGGCUGCCAUUCGCAUCAUUGACAAGCAAGGUCCCUUGGACAACUUCGCUGAUCGAGACCAUGCAAUCAGCUAUAUGGUUGCAUACCCGCUUAUCUUUGGUGAACUAACCUCGAACUCGUACACUGACUCAUCUGCUGCCGAUCCCCGUAUCGAUGCGCUACGCGCCAAAAUUCACUGCGUGGAGGACAAUACAUUCUCAGUGAACUAUCAUGAACCGUCAAAGCGCUCUAUUGGAAAUGCACUCCUCGUCGAAUUGAACGACGGCACAGUUCUUGAUGAGGUUGAGGUCGAGUACCCUGUUGGACACAAGCGUCGCCGCGAGGAAGGUAUCCCUCUUCUCAUGGAGAAGUUCAAGAGGCACAUCUCCGCACAUUUCAAUGAGGCCCACCAACAGAAGAUCCUGGCAACUGUAACUAACGCGCAGUCGCUGUCCAGGUUGCCAGUCGAUAAGUUCACUGAUCUAUUCGUUAAGCCGUGA